AUGUCCUCUGGGUCCCCGCGGAGGCUUAAUGGUUUCCUCAUGGGUUCUCUUCAUAUCUCCUUGACUUUUUUACGGAUCCGGGAGGAUGGGACGCUGUCACCGGCGCUGAAUGACUCGCUCACCGGUAUCAUGGUUUCCAUCCGCGCAUGGAAUGGCCUGGUAGGAAGAGCGAGCGAGGCCGCGAGUUUGAAAGCCGUCUGA